AUGAGAUUUGGAAGAGUUGGUGCAAUAUCUGCAAUUACUCGUUCUAAAAGAUCAGAAUAGUAUUUGGCUGGGAAGAGUGACGACAUAGAAAUGACAGAGAAGUAGCUGAAUCAGGCAGAGAAAAUAAUGAGAGGUAUUUCAAAGGAUUAGAAAUCGAUGGUUUUGUACAGAGUUCCUGUGUUGUAAGAUAAUAAUGCAAGUGACUUAGUAUUUGGGGAAUAGGAAUAUUGA